UCCCCGCUCCCCGCCGGGCUGCGGGCGGGCGGGCGGGUGGCGGGGAUUGAACCGCCGCUCCGCUCCGCUUUGCUCCGUGCCGAGCCGUGCCUGUGCCGUGUUCCCUUUGCCCUCGCCAUGCCCAGAGCCUUCCUGGUGAAACGGCGGAGCCCGCAGCCGGCGGUGCGCAGCUGGGAUGGGCUGCCCGACGAGGAGAGAGCCGACACCUACAUCCCAGGCGGGAUCGGCUGCGUGCUGCUGGGCUACGAGGACAGCCUGGAGAGCAGCGGGAGCAGCGGGACCCGCGACGCCGAGCCCAGUGACCCCCCGACGCCCCAGCCUGGCCCUGGCGAUUUGGGCACGGCUGAGGGGAUGCUGUUGGACCUGGCCGUCAAGCGCCCCGUUGUCAGGUCAAAAAUUAAGUUCACCACUGGCACCUGUAACGACGCCACGGUGCAUAGCUGCGAGCUGUGUGGCAAAGGCUUUCGCCUGCAGCGGAUGCUCAACCGUCACAUCAAGUGUCACAGCCAGGUGAAGAGGCACUUGUGCACCUUCUGUGGGAAAGGCUUCAACGACACCUUUGACCUGAAGAGACACGUCCGGACUCACACCGGAAUUCGUCCCUACAAGUGUGAGGUCUGCAACAAAGCCUUCACCCAGCGCUGCUCCCUGGAGUCCCACCUGAAGAAGAUCCACGGCGUGCAGCAGCAGUACGCCUACAAGCAGCGGCGGGACAAACUCUACGUGUGCGAGGACUGCGGCUACACGGGCCCCACGCAGGAGGACCUCUACCUGCACGUCAGCAGCGUUCACCCUGGCAGUGCUUUCCUCAAGAAAACCUCCAAAAAACUGGCAGCUGUUUUGCAGAACAAACUGAGCCCUGUCCUGCAGAGGAACUCCAAAGAGGAUGACAAAGACGAGUGACAGAGUGGAUCACAGCGGCCUGAAGCAAUGAAGUUU